ACGCGCACGCACAUCGUCGCGGCGCCUGCUCCUGGUUGGCUGGGCAGAGGCUUCGUGGCUGCCGUCUCGAGGAGAACGGCGCUCGCUGAUUGGUGGCUACGUUGAGGUUCACUUCCGAGUCGUUCUGCGAGAGGAGAAGGGAGAUGGCGGCUGCGUGUGGCUCUGUCCCGGUGUCCCGGUGGAGGGUGGCGGCUUUGCUGGUGGCGGCGGCCCUUCUGGGCCUGGCCCGGGACGCGGCGGCGGAGGGAGGCGGUUCUCGGACGCUGGUGCUGCUGGAGAAUAUGAACCUGAAGGACACCCACUCGCUCUUCAUGCGCAGCCUGGCAGAUAGGGGCUUUGAUCUCACCUUCAGGACUGCUGAUGACCCUGGCUUGUCUCUCAUUAAAUAUGGAGAGUUCCUGUAUGACAACCUGAUCAUAUUUUCUCCAUCUGUAGAAGAUUUUGGAGGCAACAUCAAUGUGGAAACUAUCGCUGCUUUCAUCGAUGGGGGUGGAAGCGUCCUUGUGGCCGCCAGCUCAGAUAUUGGUGACCCCCUCCGAGAGCUGGGAAGUGAAUGUGGGAUAGAAUUUGAUGAGGAGAAGACGGCUGUCAUUGACCAUCAUAACUAUGAUGUUUCUGAUCUUGGCCAGCACACCCUCAUUGUGGCGGAUGCGGAGAAUCUCCUGAAGGCCCCGACUAUUGUGGGGAAGAGGCCACUGAACCCCAUCCUCUUCCGGGGCGUUGGGAUGGUGGCAGAUCCAGACAACUCUCUGGUUCUGGAUAUCCUGACUGGCUCCUCAACCUCUUAUUCGUUCUUUCCUGACAAACCCAUUACACAGUACCCUCAUGCCGUUGGGAAGAACACUCUCCUGAUUGCUGGUCUCCAGGCCCGGAACAACGCCCGCGUUGUCUUCAGCGGCUCCCUGGAUUUCUUCAGUGAUGCCUUCUUCAACUCUGCUGUGCAGAAAACAACACCUGGCUCCCAGAGGUACUCCCAGACUGGGAACUACGAGCUGGCCAUGGCCUUGUCCCGUUGGGUGUUCAAGGAGGAGGGCGUCCUGCGUGUGGGAGAGGUGUCUCACCACCGUGUGGGUGAGACAACGCCGCCUAGUGCCUACACCGUCACUGACCUAGUGGAGUACAGCAUCGUAAUUGAAAAGCUCUCUGAUGGGAAGUGGGUCCCCUUCGACGGUGACGAUAUUCAGCUUGAAUUUGUCCGCAUUGACCCGUUUGUGAGGACUUUCCUCAAGAGGAAUGGAGGCAAGUACAGUGUCCAGUUCAAACUGCCCGACGUCUAUGGAGUCUUCCAGUUCAAAGUGGAUUACAAUCGGCUGGGCUACACACACCUGUACUCCUCUACGCAGGUGUCUGUGCGCCCCCUCCAGCACACGCAGUAUGAGCGCUUCAUCCCCUCAGCUUAUCCGUACUAUGCCAGCGCCUUCUCCAUGAUGGUCGGCCUCUUCCUCUUCAGCAUCGUAUUCCUGCACAUGAAAGAGAAGGAGAAAUCGGACUGAGCCUCUCCUGGCGCGAGGGAGCAGGAAGCCUCUUCUGAGGCAUUGGCCCCGAGAGGAGCGGGCGCUGAUGCCGUAGAGUCAACAGAACAGAGUGACUGAAGUCCUCGGGAUGAAGGGACCGGGAUCGGGGGGGGGGGGGGAAGCGAGAUGCCUCAAUGAGGAAGAGUGAGCAGCCCUUCACUGAACUCUAUGGAAUGCAUGUGCCAGUCCCGUGAUGGACAUUUCCCAAACAUUUUGGCUGCCAGUGUGAUUGUUUCUGGGCUCCUAACAAGAUUGCUGUACUUGAAUUUUAUUUUCUGAAAUAAAGUGGCUUCACCUUGCACGGACUUUUUUAAAA